AAUAAUAACAAAUUAUUUCAUGAGUGCCCCCCUCCCCAUCCACCUCUGGAUCAUUAGCCCGCGACAACAACGGUGCAUCAUGGCGGCGUGGAGGUGUAUGAUAUGUUUCGUCUUUGUUGCUUUAAGUCUUAAAGUACUCCUUAGCCACAUUAAUAAAAGUCACAGUCGCAGCCCGGAUUUUUGGGUUUACUGUGGUAUUGAUGGAUGUGAACAGGACUUUAGAGUUUUUAACUCUUUCUUUCGCCACAUUAAACGGACGCACCUUCAGUAUUUGAGGACUGGAUGCCCACCAAGCGGAUGGAGUACGACGCCUUCUCGGUCUUUGGGACAGGAAACAUUUGGUGUUUCGGUGUUUGCCAGCUGUAGCACUCCUGCAGCGGCCAGCACUACGGCUGUCCCACCUGAUGCCUCUUUACCUGAACCGUCACCACAGCCUGAAGCUGACGGCCGCCUUGAGUCCGAAGACGCUGUUGCUGUGACCUCCAGAACCAGACCUGAUAUAGCUAGAUCCGCAGCGGCAUUCGCCAUCAGUGUCCGGGAACAGUGCCAGUUAUCACAGAGAACUGUCAACAGUGUCAUCUCAGGGGUGCAACAGUACCAAGCUGCUCUCAUUGACACACUAAGGGAGAGAAUCAGAAGGGUGUUUGAAGAGAAUCCAGACACAACUGCUCAGCUCCAAGGGGAGGCUUUGGCUACGUUUGAUGCGUUCAUGGAUCCUUUCUCAACCACAGCAUAUGGACAGAAUAAAACCAUCCGGGAACUAUUCAAUCCAGUCAACCCAGAGGAAGUUGUGGUGUCCCAGAAGAUUUGUUGGGUAAAGCGUGGUCUAUCAAGGGUCAUGGCCUUAAGAGGCAAAAGUUUUUACUAUGUACCACUCAUUCAAAGUCUUAAGCAGUUACUGACCAAUCCCAGAAUCUUCACCAUGUUAACCACUGUACCACAAAGAAGUGAGGGAUUCUUGUAUGAUUUUACUGAUGGAGCCCUUUUUACAUCCCAUCCAUUAUAUUCUCAAAGGCCAAAUGCAUUGCAAAUACUAUUGUACACCGAUGAAAUUGAAAUAUGUAACCCUUUAGGCACCCAUGCCUCUGCAAAUAAAUUACUGAUGUUUUAUUAUAGUUUAGGGAAUAUAGAUCCAAAAUUUAGGUCGAAGUUGGCUGCAAUAAGACUCCUGGCUAUUGCCAAGGCAAACAAUAUUUCUCAGUGGGGUGUUGAUGUUAUACUAAAAAGAAUCCAAAAAGAUCUGACACUUCUGUACAAUGGUGUUAGGAUUGACACCCCAAAUGGUGAAAUUGAGUUGUUUGGUGCUGUGAUCGCCAUAUGUGGAGACACACUUGCCCAACAUGAUAUUGCUGGAUUUAAACAAGGUGUUGGUUUUGCUUAUAGCAAAUGUAGACAUUGUGAAUGCUCCUUUGAGGAUAUGCAAAGUAUUUUUGAGGAGAAUAGGUUUGCUGAAAGAACUUUGGAAAAGCACAUUAGGCAGUGUGUUGAAAUAGAUAAGGCAAGCACAGAAACAUUGAAAGCAUCCCUCAAAACCACUUAUGGGAUUAACAGAAGAAGCAGACUAGUUGAUGUUCCAGCAUUUGAUCUGAUCAAACAAACACCACAGGAUAUAAUGCAUGUCAUUUUUGAAGGUGUUGCACCAAUGGAAAUAAAGCUUGUAUUAAAAAACCUGAUUCUGUCAGGACAGAUAGAAUUAGAUGAGAUUAACUCAGCUAUUCUAAAUUUUCCUUACUCACCUCUAGACAUAAGAGAUAAGCCAUGUCCUAUUAGUGUCAGUACUUUAGCUGCUAAUGACAAUAAAUUAAAGCAGUCAUGUGGACAAAUGUUGAUACUUUUAAAAAUCCUACCUUUUCUUUUGAACGGUAUGGACAACGAGUAUGUCAAAUUUAUUCUCAAGUUAAUUGAGAUUGUUCAAAUUGUCCUUGCUCCUGUUAUUUCUUUAGAAACCGUGUUACGGCUCAGACGCAUGAUUGAGCAACAUCUGCAUCAUUUCAAAGAACUUUUCUCUGAAGCCAAUGUAAUACCCAAGCAACAUUACAUGUUACAUCUACCAAGCCAAAUCAUAUCUCUUGGUCCAUUAAUAAGAAGUAUGUGUAUGCGAUUUGAAGCUAAGCACAGUUAUUUUAAGCAGUGGGCUUCUAAGUUAAAUUUCAAAAAUGUCUGUAAAUCGCUUGCAAACCAUAACCAGUUCCUUGAAUGUUGUCAAAAUGAAAUAGGCAUUGAGCAUCCAAUUUUUGCUAGUGAAAGAGAAUCGGGGCCUGUCUCAGCUGUCAAAAAUUUUGAUUAUGUCAAGAGAAAAGUCAAAGAUUUUCUAGGCGUAGAGGUCAUGCAAUCUGUUGUCUCAGUGAAAUGGUACAUCCUCAAUGGCAAUAAGUACAUUAGUGGUAAAUCUAUGAUUAUUGUAGAUGUAGAUGAUGCUUUCCCAGUGUUCGGACUGAUAAAAGAUAUAUUUGUGAUUGAUUCCUCUUAUGUUGCUUUUGAGUACCAGCGUUAUGAGACACUGAAUUUGAGUCCAGAAUUGCUGGCAUAUGAGGUGGCAGUUCCCAAUGUUGCCCAGGCUACAGAAUUUGUACAUGAACUCAUUGACUGUAUUUCUUAUUUUUCUGUUAGUUUCAAGGGACAUAUGUUUGUGCCAAUAAAAUAUAGUCUUUGUGAUAUUAUUGCCCACAGAAGUAGACAUUAAAAUGGAGGAAUGAAAGGGAAGCAUUGAUUUAUUGGGUGAUCAAGUUUGCCGGUUUCCUGGGCCUGUUUUUGUUAACAAACUGUUUUGGUCAUUAAACAAUUCCAUGGACUGUAUGGUGAGUUGUGGUGAAGGCUGUAUAAUUUAUCCUCACAUUGUCUGAACAUGCUUGAAGUCAGAGCAAUAAUAAACUCUGUUUCUUUCA